AUGGAUAUCGAUAUGAGCAGGAGGAAUAGAAAGCCUCGCCUUUUAGAAGAGGAGGAGGUGGACAGGCUUAGAGAGUACGUUGACUCUAUACACUAUUCGGCAAGAUAUUCCGACGAUCAAUACGAAUAUCGCCACGUCCAACUUCCAAAAGAUAUGCUCAAGAAAAUUCCGGCCGAUUAUUUCGAUAGUGCAAAAGGCACAUUGAAACUGCUUUGGGAGCAAGAGUGGCGUUCACUUGGUAUUACUCAGAGCUUGGGAUGGGAACAUUAUGAGGUGCAUGAACCGGAGCCACACAUUCUUUUGUUCAAGCGCCCUCUUAACUAUCAGCCUCCAGUAUCUCAAUGA